UCUCUCUCUCUCUCUCUUUCUCUCUCCCUCUCUCCCUCUCUCUACCUCUCUCUACAGCACUUCCAACAACUGCCAGUUCGGAUUUCCGUAAUUCUCUCAAUCACGCAUUCGCUAGGGUUUUUCUGUGCUAUUUUUUGAGUUCUAUCUGCGCCACAGCUCAAUUUUGACUUCACUUCACGCGUACAAGUUUCCAUGUGAACUCGUGAUCUGUUUGCUUACCGACCCGGUUGCUUCUUCAGUUUCCUUCUCUGCUUCGAAUUCAUAUUCCUUGGAUUUCACAUUUUCCUUGUGACAUUUUCAUGUUCGGAGGUGAAUACAUAUGCUACCCUUAUUAUUCUCACAAUGACUAGAAAAUACAUUAAGUUUUAAGACAUGGGGUGUCUGGUGUCUACUCCAAAGGAGUCUGGUGUAAAUCGGAGGCGGCCUGGAAACAUCGGGGAUGUUUCUGUUUAUGUACCUGGUUUUCGGAUUCCUAAACCAGUUGAUUUCUUCCAGUCAAUGGGUGACCACUUGUCUAAGAGUAUAUUGGAACGACUCUCUGCUCUUAGAACACGUGUAGUCGUAAUGGCUGGCCAAGAAGCUCCGACUGUAACCAGAACAAGGAGAAGAAGUGCAACACAGCAUGGAGGUUCAACACUGUCAGAUCUUCAUCAGGCUCUCGAAGAUUACUUGCCAGUCCUCUUGGGAUUAGUUAAAGAUGGAAGCCAGUUCCAAUACAGGGUACAAUUUGUUUGGGUAAAUCAGGAGGAUGAUGCAGAUGAAACAUCCAUGCCUAAUGCAUGGUAUGAGGUGUUGUCUGUUUUGCAUUUGAUGGCAAUGCUAUCACUAUCACAAGCAAACUUAUUGCUUCUUCCAAAAUCAUCUGCUGAUGGUUAUCAGGCAAAAGUAUCAGAAGAGAACAGGCGAGCUUGCAUCGAUAUUCUCUUAAGGGCUGCAGGAUACCUGGAUUGUGCUGUCCGACAGGUCCUUCCACAACUACCUACUGAAGUCAGGAGAAGCUUACCAGUAGACUUAGCAGAGGGAGUUCUCCGAGCACUUUGCUUGCAAGCAUUAGGACAGGGAGUUGACAUUCAACUUGGAAUGGCGAUUGAUAGUGCCAAGGCUACUCUAGCUGUGAAGCGUAGACUUGCAUGUGAGAUGGUAAAAUACUGGCAGCAGGCUCAAGAUAACAUCAUGAAUCUUCCGUUAGCAAAUGGUUGGGGAGAAAAGCACAGGUUCUUCAUAAAGUGGAGAUUUGUUGAAGCAAAGGCUGCUGCAUAUUAUUACCAUGGCCUGAUCCUUGACGAGGGGAACACGGAGAAGUCUCAUGGAAUGGCUGUAGCUGCCCUGCAAGCAGCAGAUGAGUAUUUUAAAGAAAGUAAGAGGGCAAGUGAGGCAUUUAAUGCAGCCGCACCACUUUCAAGAAAUCCACCUCUUUGGGGUACCAUGAAGUAUCUUUCUGAGAAAAUUCCAAAGGAUAGUUCAAGCAAGGUGCGGAUAAACCGCGACCUAUAUUCUUAUGAAAGAAUAAUGGAAACAGCACCGACUUUGCCAGACUUUGCGUUGGCUCUGAAACCAGAUGAGUACCAACUUCCUUCUGUGCAUUCCUGUUGGCAUGAGGAGAACUUGAGCAGGGGUCAAAUUGGCACCGACCAAAUUACAGGCGACAGAAGAUGAAGGCAACAUGCUUUAUCAUUUAUACAGUUCGAUGGCCAAUGACAAGACAGAACGGCCAACCAAUUCCAAGUGAAAAGACUCUUUAGCUGUGUACACCAAAGGUCAAGUUUACCUGUUUUUACUACCUUCCUUUUCCUUUUGUAAUUUUGAUUGCCCCCCUCCCCCCAUGAGAUUUGCAACACAAAUCAUAGAUCCUUGUACCAGUCUCCGUUGCGUGUAAAGUACGGUUUUCUUUGUGGGAUUGAUAACGUUUGAAUAGAGACCUUUGUUCUUUCAUCUGCA